AUGAAUAAUGAAUUACAAGUUUUAGAACAGAACACAACUUGGCUUAUCACUGACCUUCCUCCAGGUAAAGAAGUUGUUGCUUGUAAAUAUGUGUACAAAAUCAAAUAUAAUUAUGAUGGCACAAUUGAGAGGUUAAAAGCCAGGGUUGUAGCAAAGGAUUUUACACAGCAGAAAGGGAUUGACUACAUAGAGACAUUUUCUCCAGUUGCAAAGUUUGUAACAGUUUGGGUUUUACUCUCCCUGGCAGCAGUACAUGGCUGGCUUCUUCACCAAUUUGACGUCAACAACGCUUUCCUACAUGGGGAUUUAUCUGAAGAAAUUUACAUGCACAAACCACCUGGUUAUACAAAAGGAGGUCCUCACCAAGUUUGCAAACUACUCAAGAGUAUCUAUGGCCUUAAGCAGGCCUCUAGACAAUGGUACUCUAAAUUCUCUACAUCUCUCAUUGAAUUUGGUUUUGAACAAUCAAAAGCCGACUACAGUCUUUUCACCAAACUUGAUGGAGAUUUUGUUCUUGCUUUACUAGUCUAUGUAGAUGAUAUCAUCUUGCUGGAGAUGGUGUGCGAGAAUUACGGUGGAAGAGUGGAGCUAGCAAAAGCAUAUUACACGGCAUUGACGGCUUCGGUGAGGAAGCACUUCAACGGAAAUGGUGUACUCGCUAGCAUGGAGCACUGCAACGAUUUCAUGUUCCUCGGAAUCGAGGCCAUCUCUCUCGGCCGUGUUGGGGACGAUUUCUGGUGCACUGAUCCAUCUGGUGAUCCAAAUGGCACAUUUUGGCUGCAGGGGUGUCACAUGGUGCACUGUGCCUACAAUAGCUUAUGGAUGGGCAACUUCAUCCACCCAGAUUGGGAUAUGUUCCAAUGAAUCCAAUCUACUAACCCAUGUGCUGCUUUCCAUGCUGCAGCGCGGGCUAUUUCUGGAGGUCCUAUUUAUAUAAGCGACACUGUUGGAAAGCACAACUUUGAGCUGCUCAAGACCCUUGUUCUGCCUGAUGGCUCCAUUUUGCGCUGCGAACACUAUGCACUUCCAAGCCGAGACUGCCUCUUCGAGGACCCUCUGCAUGAUGGAAAGACCAUGCUCAAAAUCUGGAACUUGAACAAGUACACUGGAGUUCUUGGGGCAUUCAACUGCCAAGGAGGUGGAUGGUGUCGUGAAACCAGGCGCAACCAAUGUGCUUCCCAAUAUUCCCAUGUUGUCACCUCUCUAGCUAACCCAAAAGAUAUUGAGUGGAAGAGUGGAAAGAAACCAAUUUCCAUUGAAGGGGUACAAGUUUUUGCCCUGUAUUAUCACCAGGCCAAGAAGCUAGUCCUCUCCAAGCCAUCGGAGAACGUGGAGAUAUCGUUGGAACCAUUCAAUUUCGAGCUCAUUACUGUUUCUCCAGUGACCUUUUUGGCUGGAACAUCUGUUCAAUUUGCUCCAAUUGGCUUGGUGAACAUGCUGAAUACUGGUGGAGCCAUUCAAUCGUUAGCCUUCAAUGAUCAUAUUGAGGCUAGCAACUCAGUUCAAAUUGGCGUGAAGGGCACGGGAGAAAUGAGGGUUUUCUCAUCAGAGAAUCCAAUAGCUUGCAAGAUUGAUGACAAGGUUGUACCAUUUGAGUACAAGGAGUUCAUGGUUGUUAUUCAAGUACCAUGGCCUAGUUCUUCUAACUCAUCAAUGGUUGAGUACAUCUUCUGA